ACAGAGGUUAAGACAAAUGAUCAAAAAGGGGAACAAUUAUAGGCCAAGUUGAUGACAGGUACAACCACCACCAAAAAGAACAAAUUGGGAUGAUUAAUAUGGAUCAAGAAAUGGACAAAAAUGCUCAUUACUACCCAAAGGCAAGUUGGGGAUUUGAUUAAUCAACAAGUUUCUUCAGGAAAACUGUCCAUAUGCAGAAUCUGGUCACGAGAAUCUCAUGGGAAAUGGAUCUUCUUCUUCCAAAUUACCUGCUCGUUUACUGUAGUGAUACUAAAGCUUAAUAUUAUAAACAGCCUGUGAAUACAACACUGCCAAACUCCUUUAAUAGCAAUAAUUGGAGACAUGUGGAGAGAAAGAAAUCAUUAUCGAAGACUCUUCUGUAUAUAUACAUAUAUAUAGAAGAAACACUUCAGAAUCUUGUAAUCCUGUUAUGGCUAUGAUGUUGAAAUUUCUGCUAUAUCUGUUGGUCUUUCGUUUGGCUGCAGCUGCAUCUAUGUCCAUUCAUGAUCUGCUAAAAAGCAGGGGAUUGCCAGCCGGGCUUUUUCCGAGGAAUGGCGUAAAAUCCUAUGAGCUCGGGGAAGAUGGGCUGCUGCAAGUCUACUUGGACAGGCCUUGUGUCGCCAAGUUUGAGACGAGAGUGCAUUUCGACAGUGUUGUGACAGCAAAUCUUAGCUAUGGGGGAUUGAUUGGAGUUAAGGGACUGUCUCAAGAAGAGCUGUUUUUGUGGCUGCCUGUUAGGGACAUCAUAGUUUUCGAUCCUUUGUCUGGGCUUAUUUUGUUCGACAUUGGAUUGGCUUACAAACAGAUGUCCUUUUCGCUGUUUGAGGAACCCCCCGUCUGCAGUCCUCAAGGUAGACUCUCGGAGGAGAAUCCUCGCCAUGAUUCGGAUCAUGAAGUUCAGAGAUGAAGUUUUGAAUUAUAUGGAAUCCUGCUGCAGCCUAGGUCUGUUAUUGUUGCUAUUACCAUUUUCUGUUUCUUGUCAUCGAUUUGCAGAAUGUUUCGAAAAGUUAAGAAGGAAGAGUGAUGUUUCCAAGCAUAUUGGAUUUCGAUGUUGUAUAAAGUUAAAGAUGUUACUAACUUUUCGAAGCUCCCAAUGCAUCUUUACUAAUCUAA